AUGGAACAAAUAUUAAUGUUAGCCUGCUAUAUUCCACCCACAAAAACUGACGACAUGAAAACAUUUAUUUCUAUGCUCGAAGACUACAGAAAAUCAUUUAAAAAUAUUCUUGUAACUGGUGAUUUCAAUGCAAAAAGUAAACUGUGGGGGAAUCAGUCAGAUAAUUAUGCAGGUGAACUCUUAGAGAAUUUUGUCUUGAAAAGUAGCUUUAUGUGCAUUAAUGAUGGUAUUCCAACUAGACGCAACAGUGACAGUGUAAUUGACUUGAUAUUAAUCACACCAACUCUAAGGAGAAAAAUUGAAUGCUGUCAAACAUUAGAUCAUGAAAAUGUGAGAUCUGACCACAUAGCUGUGCUUGUGAAAAUUGAAGAUGGCAUACCUAGAGGGCAAAAUGAAUACAUUGAAAAAUACAAUUUAAGAAAAGUAGAUUGGAAAGCAUGGAACGAAGAAACUACAGUUCAAUUCAAUGAAUGGAAUGGGAGUAAUAACUCAAAUACAAGUAUGGAUGAUCUUUAUGACUCCUUCUUAAGAGUGUUCAAAAAUUGUAUGGAUAAAUGUAUACCUAAGGUUAGGGUACCAAUUAACCAUAGGAAAACCACUCAUCCAUGGACAAAUGAAGAUGUGAAAACAGCUAAAAGAGAUUUAAAUUCAGCUAAAAGGCAUUUUAGGAGGAGGAAAACACCGAAUCUUCUAUUAGACCUACAAGAAAAAGAACAAAUAUAUAAAGAAGUGUGUGAAGAUGCGAAAUCAAAAUGGAUAGACGAAACAUGCACUCAGAUUGAUAGACACACUGACCCAGGCCAAAAGUGGCAAACUUUUCACAAACUUACAUCCUAUGAAGAGUCUGAUGUGGAUAUUAUGCUGCCAUUAAUAGACAAAGGAAACCCAGCAUUUGACAAAGGAAAAUGCAGAAUACUGAGAAAUACCUUUUUGGAUAGGGAACAUGUUAAAAAUGAGAGUUUUGAUGCCAAAUUCAAAUUCAAGAUAGAAGAUAAGCUCAACAAUAUCAGAAAUGGAAUAGCAGAGGAACCAGUGGAUGAUUUCUUGAAUCAUGAAAUAACUAGAAGUGAAGUUGAAGCAGCCUUACAAAGACUUUAA